AUGUGGCGAACAGGAAGAAGAUUGGGACCAGACCAUGGUGGGAUUCCUAGCCAUUGUCCAUGUCGCUUGCUGUGCGGACCGCUUGGCAUCCCGCCACUUCAUGGUCGGAGGGAAAAGGACGGCGGAGUGGGACAGAGACGGGUGAAGAUCUUCAUCAGGGAGUGGACAGGCCGCUUUGAAAUGGGGCUGUUGGAAGAGAAGCAGAGAGACGCUAGUGAGACCGGGGAAGAGAAGCAGAGGAACGAGCUCCUCUCGUAA